GCGGUGUGCUGCGUGCUGCGUACGGCGUAGGAGGGAGCGGCGUGCGUCGUACGGCGUGCGUCCUGCGUUGUGCGCGGUGCGCGUGCGCGCGAGGACUGCGUGGUGGGUGGGAGGGCUGUUCGGGCAGCUUCCGUGGUCUGGUACACCACCUGGUUCGGUCGCUUGUUCUCCGUAGGAGCCAGUAGACUCUGGUGGCCGGGUUCCCGGCUCCCCGCUCCUGUCGCUGUGCGUCCUUCGGGGCCCCUGUCCGGUUCAGAGUCUCAGAAUGGGCUCCCAGCGCGCGCGCGGCGCCUUCGGGAGCGUCUGCCGUAAUGCCGGGUCCACCGGGCGGCCCUCGGCGCCUGGCCGGGGCGUCUCAGCCCGGCGGGCCCACCACCAAAGCACUUCACCUCGGUUGUUACCAAAGCACUGUCCAUCUAGCUUUCCUCCUCUCGCAGUCCUUCCUUUAAAAUCUCGUCGUCUACGUGAGUUAAUGCGGGGAAAGCAGGUAGAACCGUGUCUGGGACGCGGCUGACGGUCAGCAAGGGUUGGCGCCGUCGUCAGUGUUUGGUCCUGAACUGCCCGUGAUGGGCCAGGGGCUCUGCUACCUUGUGGCAAAUCCGGGAUGAGCAAGACAGUUCCCGCCUUCAGGUAGCUCAUCAGCAGGUGGGGUGAUAGUGACAAGAAUAAGGAAAUGCAAUGAGGUGCACUGAUUAGAAUGUGUAGAGUCCUGGGGUGGAGCCCCAAAGGGGCUGAGGGCGUCUGAUGGUGUGAGACUUUUUUCCCAUUGUCUCUAUUUCAUAUUUUUAAUGCAAAGCUCACUGUUGCCCUCCUCUCCUGCCCUCUGCCCCGCGUCUCUACCCUGCUUCCCUGCUUCUCAUUCUCACUGUUCUGUGCUCUUUACCCUGGAAAAUAAACAAGGGCUAAACCGCCCCCACCCCCAUCUCCCCACAGCCUUUUUUGUGCUGUGGUGAAGAAGGUAUUUUAUGAGGCCUCUUUCAGCUCUUCCUUUAGGGAGGAAAAAGUUAUUCUCAUAAAUUUGUAUUAUGUUUUCUGAGUUUUCACUUUUUUUUGUAUGCUACACAGUAGAAUUUUAUGAGAAAAGUCAAAGGAGGCAUUUUAACAUAGUAAAUUAACAGGGUGACUUUAUGCAUUGUCUUCCAUUUUAUCCAGUUGUCUUCUUUGUUUAAUGCCUUUUUUCAUAGCUUCAUAGUAUCAGUUUUUUGGAAAUUGUACUUAUAUAAGUGAAUUGCACACUUAGUUCUGCAAUAUUAGGUAUAUUAUACUACUUUUUUUUUUUAACCUUAGUUGUAAGCUCCACUCUUGUGAGCUUUGUGAUGGUAGGAAUUUUUUAUCUGCUUUUUCCACUGCUGAAUUCCCACCCCUUAAGAAUAGUGCCUGUCAUGUAGUGGGCACUCAGUGUUGAAUAAAUGAGGAUUGUUAUGAAAGGCAAAUGUUGUUAUGUAUCUCAAAACAAUUUGAAGGGCUUUGCCUGUUAUUAAUAAAUAUGAUUGAAAAAGGGCAAGUAGGUGAGGUAGUUGGCUGGUGAGCAUCAGGUGUGGUACACUCGGCCUGCGUGAGUGUGGGUAGAACUUUGUUACUGGCUCCUCUGGGCCAGCAUUUGGAAAUUUGGGGCAGGAAAAGGACUUCUUUCAUCCUAAUAAACCAUUAGCCUAAAAGUAUUUGCAAGUAAUUUAUUUCCUGCUAAGACAGAGGGAGGGAGUACACACUCUCCAGGACCCCACUGAAGCCUGGCUACACCUGGCGAGAGACAGUCUCUCGAAGGCUGAAGCAGAUCACAGGAAGGCCUCACUUCCUCUCCCUGUUGGCAUUUCCGGCUGAUGGUGUCCUCUCCAGCUGGGGUUCUUGGUGUCACUGAGUAACCUCCAGAGGCCAGAGCCAGGAUGGACCCCAGAGGAGCAGAAUGGCUGGGGCGCAGGUGGGCCACCCUGGAAAUGGCCUCGUCCAGGACACCUGCCAAUGUCUCACCGUCUGCCCGGCUGAGUCCCAUCUCCUUGCUCACUGCACUUACUAGACAGUUUUGUGAUUUUUAACCCUGUGUCUGUGCCCUUGUUGAACUGCGAGGUGCUUCUCAACACAGCUGUUAAAACUGUGAGCCAGUGGCAUUUAUCUUUGUACCCCUGAUUGUCCAGCUUUACCUGAAAACCCCAGAGCCAACUGGGUAUUCUCUUUCAUUCUGAUUUCGUUGUUUAUUUAAAAAAAAUCUUUUUUGUCAUUUGCCUAUCAACUAAAUAUUUAUGAAGGGUCUACUAUGGACUAUGGCUUUUGUGGAAUCAAUGUAUUAACCGAUCGUAGGAAAGACGCUGAGAUCCUGAGCCUUGGAGGCAUUUAACUGGAAGCCAGAAACCGCCUGGCAUUAGUGCUGACUGUAUGCCAGUCACCAUCCUAGGUGCUUUCCUCUGUCGGCUUGGUUCUCACAACAUCCUUAUGAGGUGGACAGUCUUAUGAUCCUUGUUUUAUAGAUGAAAAAAUCUUGGCAAAGAGGGCUGGGUUCACAUUCAGGUGGCUGCACUCUGAGCCCUGCACAAGUCCUCUGGGGCGGCUGUAACGGAAACAUCCGGUGUAGAGGGUUGGAUGUCGAUAAACUUGUUCUAUGCUUCUGUGUUGUACUAUUCCCAGCAGAAACUCCUGUAACUAAUGAAAAUACGAUAAAUCUGAGAUUCAGCUCAAGUAAAUCAUUAUUUAUAAACCCCAGUUUAUUUCUUGCUUUUCCUUACUGUCCAUGCAUUACGACUUUGUUGCCUUCAGAAUUAAACUGCUUGAGAGUCUAAUACUCACUGUUUUGAGGACAGUCCCCCCUAAGCGGGAAUCAUGAAACUGUUUGUGGAAGUAGGGUUUGGAGCCAGCUGGUUAUCAUCGUUGUCUCCUGGGAACGGUGACCAGCCUUUGGGGAACCCCUGGGAAAUGGAGAGACCAGAUGUAAAUGGUGAAGAGUCUCCAGACCCUCCUGAGAGCUUGGCCACCGCGUGGGGGCACCAGAGCCCCAGAGCUUGGAUGCUUCCCCGCUGCUCACUCAGCACACCAGCAUCAAAAGUUAAAUGAACUGGUGGUGGGAGACACCAGCGGAAAGCUGUCUGUGUAUAAGAGUGAUGACAGCCGGCCGUGGCUCACCUGUUCCUGCCAGGGAAUGCUCACUUGUGUCGGUGUUGGAGAUGUAUGUAACAAAGGGAAGAACCUGGUGGUGGCCGUCAGUGCCGAGGGCUGGUUUCACUUGUGUGACCUAACACCUGCCAAGGCCCUGGGUGCUUCAGGGCACCACGAGACCCUCGUGGGGGAGGAGCCCCGCCCCGUCUUCAAGCAGCACAUCCCUGCCAACACCAAGGUCAUGCUGAUCAGCGACAUCGACGGCGAUGGCCGCUGCGAGCUGGUGGUGGGUUACACAGACCGCGUGGUGAGGGCUUUCCGCUGGGAAGACCUGGGUGACAGCACUGAGCAUCUGACCGGGCAGCUGGUGUCACUCAAGAAAUGGAUGCUGGAGGGUCAGGUGGACAGUCUCUCAGUGACUCCAGGGCCCCUGGGCGCUCCCGAACUGAUGGUGUCUCAGCCAGGCUGUGCUUAUGCAAUUCUGCUGUGCACCUGGAACAGGGAUGCUGGGCCUGCCCCCACCUCCGAGGGGCUGGCGGAGGGCACUCGGGAGACCCCAGCUCCCCGAGACGUGGUACUGCACCAGACAUCCGGCCGCACCCACAACAAGAAUGUCUCCACUCACCUCAUUGGCAACAUCAGGCGAGGCGGAGGCCACAGCCCUGAGAGCGGUGCCUCUGGCCUCUUUGCCCUCUGCACCCUGGACGGGACGCUGAAGCUCAUGGAGGAAGCAGACAGACUGCUGUGGUCGGUGCAGGUGGACCACCAGCUUUUUGCCCUCGAGAAACUGGACGUCACGGGCAAUGGGCACGAGGAGGUGGUUGCCUGUGCCUGGGACGGACAGACGUACAUCAUCGAUCACAACCGCACCGUCGUCCGCUUCCAAGUGGAUGAGAACAUCCGCGCCUUCUGUGCAGGCCUGUACGCCUGCAAGGAGGGCCGCAACAGCCCCUGCCUGGUGUACGUCACCUUCAACCAGAAGAUCUACGUGUACUGGGAGGUGCAGCUUGAGCGGAUGGAGUCUACCAACCUGCUGAAGCUGCUGGAGGCCCAGCCGGACUUCCGGGGCCUGCUGCGGGAUCUGGGCGUAGGUCCUGACGACCUCCCGGCCGCCCGUGCCCUACUGCACCAAACCCUCUACCACCCGGACCGGCCACUGCAGUGUGUUCCCACAGGCCUCCAGGAUCCCACCUAGCUGGCCCAGCCCUCUUAGCGGAACCAGGGUCCUCCUGAACUUCCGCACCCCCACAAGGUAUCUGUGGUGUUUGCACGACAGGGAUGUCCGUGACAGGAGGGACAGCGGCAACCCCAGGGUGACUGUGAACUGUGGACCUCGUGGUCUGCUGGGGAAAAGAUAAAGUGACCCUCUGCCCAUUUCCUCGUGCACUCGCCCAUCAGAGCAGGGUCCCCGACCUCACUCCACAUUACCUGGCACUGCUCCUCCCCAGAGCUCCCCACUCUUGUUGUGUGGGAGACAGACUUGUUUGUGAGCUGUAACACACUUUGCUGCAACAGAGCCGUGACAGUAAGGGCUCCGCCGCAUCCCACGUGCUGGCUCCACGGCACAGCUCCAAGUCACUGACACUAGUGGUUGUCACGGGAGUGGCAGCUACACACUCUCUUCCACUUAUUAUGGGGUUACAUCCUGAUAAACCGUCGAGAGUUGAAAAUACCAUAAACCAAAAGUGCAUUUAACGCACCUCCUCUACUGAAUGUCACAGCUUAGCCUUGCCUACCAUGAACGUGCUCAGAACACAUACAUCAGCCUAUGCUUAGGCAAGAUCAGCUCCCACAAAGCCUAUUUUGUAAUAAAGAGUUGAGUACCUCACGGAA